ACCCGCGACCGCGACACACAUUCAGUCAGAACCCAACUUUGUCUUCCUCAAUAGAAUAUCAGCAUAAUGGCCGCCAAGUUAUUCGUCUUAGUCGCUUGCAUCGCCCUGAGCCAUGCCGCCAUGGUGCGCCGCGACGCGCCCGCCUCGCCGCUGGCGGAGAUCGAGAAGCACGCCGCUGAGUUCCAGAAGACCAUCAGCGAGCAGUUCAACUCGCUCGUCAACUCCAAGAACACCCAGGAGGUGAACAAGGCGCUUAAGGAGGGCUCCGACUCCGUGCUGCAACAGCUGUCUGCCUUCUCCAGCAGCCUCCAGGGCGCGAUGAGUGACGCGAACGCCAAGGCUAAGGCCGCGUUGGAGCAGACCCGCCAGAACAUCGAGAAGACCGCCGAGGAGCUCCGCAAGGCGCACCCCGAGGUGGAGAGCCAGGCCGGAGCCCUGCGCGACAAGCUGCAGGCCGCCAUCCAGACCACCGUGCAGGAGACCCAGAAACUCGCCAAGGAAGUCGGCAGCAACGUAGAAGAAACCAACCAGAAGCUUACUCCUAAGAUCAAGGCCGCCUACGAAGACUUCAUCAAGCAGGCCGAGCAGAUGCAGAAGAAGCUGCACGAGGCCGCCAACAAGCAGUGAGCACCCGCGCCGCCUAACGAUACCGUCUAGCACCAAUAAACACAUACCAUGUACCUA